UGAAAUGACGUCAAAGUCAGAUGGACCAACAUCCACCACGACUGCAUCUUGCCUCUUGGUCUUAAGGCGCCUCGAAGCUACAUCAUGGACGCGUACGAGGUCUUCGCUGCUGGAACAGCUAUCUGGUCAGCGCUACAAGCUACGGUCCUCAUCCUGUCGCCAACGCUCGUAGCGACCAUGCUCGUGCCCGAUAUUGCUCUGCAUCGCGUCACAGACCUCGAGCGCUACCUAUGCAAAGCAUUGGGACUGUCUAUCACAGGUCUAUCAUUACUCUACCUACUGCUGUCUGGAUUGAUGCCAUUUGGCGCGUCUAUGAGUGCUUCACAGGCUUCUGGCUCCGUCGCAGCACAUGUUCCUUCGCUUUGGGUCGGCGUCCUCUACAAUGCCUCUAUGUCCUUUUUGCAAUACCUUUGGGGUACCUCCGAGUUCCGCUCAACAGCCAUCUUUUCGAGCUGCGUGAAUGCAUUCUUGGCUGCCAUGGGAGGUUGGAUCUUACUCUUUGCCCUCGACAAGGACGGAAAGAUCAAACACAGAGCAUUCACUGCGGACGGAGGAAAAGCGAGCAGCUUCCCAUUCAAGAAUAAGGUCAGAGAGGAUGCCAAAAAGAAGGCUUUCUAAGCGCUUGGCCUGGGUGGCCUCAAGAAGGCUCAUG